UAUAUGCCAGCGUCAAUCUUGAUCGUCGGGUACAUAUACUACAGACAAUGCUACUGGCACUAUGUCCAAGCUCAGAAACGAUACGAUUCGAGAGAACAAUGGCCUUCGAUGGUGGCCACCUUUCUGCACGUGAGGUCCUCAGUCGUUCAGAAUAUUUGGCCUUUUUCCUUCUUUCGAUUAACAUCGGCUCACUCUCCCUUCGUUUCAUUGAAACCUACAAGCAACAUUACCUCUCCUAGCCUACUCUAUCAAUCACCCUUGCACCAUGGAUGUGGUCACGCAAAUGAGCGACACCAUCGUCGCGGUAUCGCAGCUCCCACCCAAGUAUCGAAAACGGGCGCGAAUUCAAGAGAGGCCAGGGGAGCACAUAGAAUCUUUCAUGGAGCCCUUGCUAAAGAGCGACGAAUCUGAACUGAAACACUCACAGUCAACGUUAGACGCGCUUUCGAAAACAUCUGCUCGAAAAGCGCGCAAGUCUCCUCAAAGUUCUUCAUCAAUGUCUCCGGUUGAACCGCGUAGAAGCUCUCGCAUCAAGGACAAUCUAGAGAGGCGGACUCAGUCUGUACAGGGGUUCCGCUCGAGGGCCGGCUGUAAACGCAAAGCAGAUGAGAUAUCAAUGGAAACGGGGAGCCAGACAACGCGUAUCCUCGCGUCCGAUUCGUCGAUCUCAUCCAACAUUCCCUCAAGCUCUUUGGGAUUGUAUCCAGUUAAAACAAAGCGUGUAGAUUUGGGAUAUCGUUGUUCUAGUAUCAAUAACUUGAACCCCAACGAGACAUUAUGUGCCAGUUGUGGCGCAGUCGUUUGUUUGGAUGGGAUAGCGGGACAAAAGCUUCAAGUCGAGGAUAGCUCCAAUAUCAAAGAACGACAUAAAGGAGUUGAGGUAAAAACUGAUGACAAAAAUCAGUCGAGGAUUUUCCAACGAGCUACUCAGGGCACUAGAAUUCGAGUCAAUUCUGGUGCCAACGCAGGCGUAAAUUCUGCCGUCGUGCCUCCUCCUCCUCUUGAUCCCAAAUGUGCGUCACUGAUUUAUAUUCCUUGUGUUGAGCACUGGUGUCUGUUGGUGUGCCUUAUGAUACCUCGCGGCUUACAUUGUUUCAGAUACCCUCAUAAUGCGAUCUACGGGUUCGCUUUUCUGGGACGCUUAUAAAGAGGAGCACGGAGAACCUCCUUACGGAGAGAUACCUUUGCUCUGGGGAGAGCGCAAGGCUGGAGGUCAGAGUUCUAAAUCUAGAGGACUGAGGUGAGAAAGUCUAGUCAAAUAAGCCUACGACUACCUAGGUCGUCUCCGAGUCUGUCUGAAUUCAAGUUAUAACCUUUGAUAUCAUCCCUGUUCGGCUU